ACGGUAUAUAUAUUGCAUUGCACCUAGGCAAAUUUUGUUCCGUUAAAAUGGCGGAGGCACAGGGGAUGUCGUUGAACGAACUGCGCGACAGAGUAAAAAGUCGCCUAACCCACACACUCCACGACCAGCCUGGAAAAAAGUUAAAUGUCCUUGUGGUCGGUAUGCCCGGCUCAGGCAAAUCAUCCUAUAUCAACUCGAUGAUUAUGGCCGUCACUGGGACUUGGCACGAAAUCGCGCGCUACGGUCGGACAGCCUCUACCCACGAAAUGGCACAGAGACUCGUCGGCGAAAGUCGGGUGACCAGUUGCCUGGAAAGCUUCGUCAUGUUUGAUGAUAAUUGCCAUGAGGUGGGCGAAUCACAUCCAAUGCCUGAUUACAACAAGAACAUCGUCUUCUGGGACUGUGCAGGGUUUCCAGAUGCCACCGAAGAAGUGUACUCUACAAUCGUCUCGCUGACACUGGACGGCCGUAUACCAUCUGGCACCAACGUCAUCGAAUGCAUGGAUCAAACCCCGGAUCAGCUCAGAAGUAAAUUUAGACGAGUAGAUCGCCAAAUGACGUUUGACCGGAUCGUUUUCGUCUUGUCAGCAGACAAAAUGGUUCCCUACAAUCUAGUGGAAGCUAUCAGGUCGGGAGCAGAGAAAGGGCACGAUGUGCCAUUCAUUGUGUUGGUGACCAAGGUCGACAAAUGCCCCAACCCCCACGAUCUUCAGCAACGCGUGCUGGGUGCCCAAGCCGCCUUUAACCUCAUAGGCCACCAGGGGCGAUUCAAGAUCUCUUCGCUGUACUGCGAGGACGUUACUCCGUGGCCUGAUCCAGACGACUACCGUGUCAUGAAGCCAAAUGCAGAAAUCGACAGAAAGUUACUGAACAUUUGGAUGAAUCUGACAGACCCGAAUAUCAAAGCCAAACCGGCUCCACCUGCACCUGAGUCGUGGUGCACUACCUCGUAAAGAAGGAUUUUACAAGAGCUUCCAUGAAUAGCAUCUGAAUGGGUAUGCUGUUUGUGUUACCUUUGCGAUAGGGUUUCGAAAAUUGUUCAUACUGCACUCGGCACUUUCGAGAAAGAACUACUACUACUGUAGAUUAUAGCCCACUUCUAUAGGCCUGUGAGGGCGAAGAGGCAUAGAAAUAGAGAAUUUUUUUUUCUUCAUUCUGUCCUGAUAGUGGAAUUUCCGGUAUAUUUGAGGUAAAUGGGUAUUGGAUAAACGAGGUUUCCAUUUUUGCCACCUGUUGAGCGUGACUGCCCGGUAACAAGGCCACCGUAGCCCGCCCGCUUGUGUCCUUCCACACGGUGCUGUCACCCGGUGGCUUAAAGAAAAACUUAUCUCGUAAUAAUUCAGAUUUUUUGUCACUGAUAGGCAGUUUCCUAACAAACCCAAUGUCACAUGGUAUAUUGGAGCAUAUCUUUGUAUACUGGUAAUUGCUUUGUAUACUGGUAAUUGCUUUGUAUACUGGUAAUUGUUACGUAGACUGAGUAAGGUUUAAUGAUACAUGUGUAACACACUGAAUUAACAGCAUUGUUAAUCGUAGCUUUUUUGUCAUACUUAUGGUCAUUUUGGAGGUUUUGUUUCUAUUCUAUAUCAAAUAUACCAUAGUAUAUUACAAUCACCUGUAUAUAAGGCUUUAGUUUGAUGGUCUCCUAAUGGAAGCAUAAUAAGAAGAAUUGUUGAUAUCUUAGUGAACAGAGUUUACAGAGUAUCCUUAGUGCUUUCACUUUCGGCAUAUCGCCUUCUCUUGGGUGGUAAUGUAUUGGAUUUGGACAGGGGCAACAGAUAUACCAUUUUUCGCAAUAUUUCUAUCUUGCAAACUACGUUUACCACCCACAUAGGCACUAAAAAUUCUAGAGAUUGGGAUAAAGUGGUGAUUCUUUGUUCGUGUGUCACGUAUAGACUGAGUCAGGUUUAAUGAUAAGGUUCAUGUGUAGCACACCGAUUUAACUGUUUUGUUAAUCAUCAGAUGUUUUUCAUACCUAUGGUCUUUUGGAGGUUUUGUUUCUAUUCUAUAUCUAAUAUACCAUACUAUAUUACAACUAGCUUUAAAUAAGGCUUUAGUUUGAUGGUCUCUCCAAAAUGAAGGCAUAACAAAAAAAGUUGUUGCUAUUUUAGGGAAUUGUAAAGUGUAUAGGUUAUAGGGAUUUUCCUGUAACUUUCUUGAUUAGAGGAUGUCUUUAUAUGAUUUGCCUGCCUUGUGUGGUGUUAUCAGGUUUUUCUUUUUCUGUUUAUACCAUAGACUGAGUAAGCAACACAUAUUGACAACACGCUGACUUAACUCCAUUGUUAAUCUUUGAAUGGCUACUUUCGGCCAUUUUGUUUCUGCUAUGUCGAGUAUGCCAUACGGAUCUAGCCCAUACAAUAAUGUGUUCUGGAACCACCACAUAAUAUCUUUGGUCU